AACUAAACUGUAAUGUAGGAAUCCAACUGCUUUUGCUAAAUUAUUCAUUAGUAUACUUAAUUUUAAUUUUUAUAUAAAACGAACUAACUUAUCAUAUACUAUAUGUUAUAUAUACAUCUAAUAUCUAGUAUCAUUACCAAAUGAAAAGACUGGAAUUUUCGUGGGUGAAUAUCCUCGAUGAAACAUUUUUAAUAAGGAAUCAUUCUACCUGUUUUUCCUUAAUAAAUGAAAACAUUUCUAUGUUCUAUUACAUGCUACGAUAAAUAACUACCACUAAAACAAAAUUAUAAAUGAUAAACUGAUAAAACAGCUGAAAAACAUGUAAGUUGGUAACAACAUUUCCAACAAAGGGUAGACAUGUUAGAUUUUAGUACACGCUUAUAGCGUACAAUAACCGCUACAGUUGGUUAUCAAAUUAAAGUAAAAUAAAGCAUUUCUUCUAAAAUGAGUUGGGGUAAGUGACCUUUUUCUUCACUAUCUUCUAAUAGUAUCUAACUAUUAGUUAAAAUGAUAACUUUUUAUACAGAAACGCGUUCAACAAAUGCAUCUCAAAAUUCGGUCGGUUCUGAUUCAACGUUUUGUGAAGAACUCGAGAAAAAUAACCGUUCUUUAAGAAAACGAACUUCCUUGAAGUAUUCGCAAUCUUCUUUUAAUUCCCAGACGCAAAUAAAAACACUGCCCAUAAAAAGUAAAACAAAUGAGAACAAAAAAUAUAAAAAGAUAUUAGAAGACUGUGUUUUUAAAAUUCGUAAUCAUCUCCGUAAAAUACGAAUAAUGUCAAUAAAUGAAAUCCAGAGUUUAGUAAACGAUAUCAAUAAAAUUAAUACUUCUAAUAGGGAAAGUCAAGCGAUGAAAGGAAAGGUGUUAAGACAAUUAAGAAGUUUAUUUGAAGAAACAACCGAAAUUGAGCAACGUUUCAGCUCCUUAAAUAUAAGUAACUCGCAGGCAAUUAAUAUUUUUCAAAAUUCUUGUUCAAAAUCUUACCAAGACGUUACAGUGAAUGAUAGCGAAAAUACGAUUACAAGCAAUAAAAGUAAUGGUGAAGAAUUGGAAAGUUCUUUUUCUUUUGAUUUUGUAAAUGGUUCUGAAGUUAAUAUAAAUCAAUUUCCAAAUUGUACUCAUUCUUCUUCUAUUGUUAAUACUAUACAAAAAGAUUUAAAGAAGUUGGAGGAAAUAGAUAUGUUAAAAAAUCAGGAUCCUACCAAUAAGUAUUAUGAAGAAAUACUUCAAAAAUCUUCAACAAUUUCGCUUUCAUUUGAUGAAGAUAUGCUUUCUAAUGUGAAUUUCAAGACGCCAACCGCAAAAACUUCAUUAUGUACACAAUUUGACUCAACUAACAUAAUAGAUGAUAUACAAUCUGAAAAAUCGAAUAUAUCAAAUAAUAGCCCCAUAUGCCAAGCAAAAGAAGAGAUAUUUAAUUUUUUGCCAAAAAAUAUGGAUUCUGAAGAUAUAAUCCCUUCAUCUCUUAUAGAAAACAAUACAAAGAUGAAAGCAAUGUUGAUGUAGCAUUAAAACUUGAUUAUAACACUGGACACUUAAAAUCUAAACGUAUUACUUCUCCAAUAUUAAAGAAGAAAAUGAACUACAAAACACAAAAGUACAGAUAUACAAAAUAUUCCAGAAAAUAUAAAUUAAAGAAUAUUCGAAAUAAAGUCAAAUUAAAUAAUAUUAACAUUUUGCAACAAGUUUGUGUAGUGCCAUCUCAAAUAAAACUUUAUUCUCAAGCACAGCAGUUCGACGAUACAAAAGAAUUUAAUACAUUAGAAGGUAAUAAAAAUACAGAAAAUCUAAAAUAUAAUCAAACUGCACCUAAUUUAACAGAUUAUUUAAUUAAUGAGAAUGUAUCAGCUGCAGAUUAUGAUAAAUUUGAAUUUAUGAUUAACAAAAAUUCUGUAUGUAAUAAUACUGGCGAAGAGUUAAAAGCUUUAAAGAAUGUUAUUGAGAGAGUACAAAAGUUUAAACAUGAAUUUGCAAAUUGGAUAUUACAAACAGCAGUGGAAGAAUAUUCAAAAAAAAGUAAUCAUAAAUACGUAAUGCAAAAUAUAACAGAAGAAAAGGAUAUAACAGAUUUAAAUUUUCAAUUAACAGCACAGGAGAAAAUUCAAAAUGAUUCUAAAAUUAAUGAGAUAGCCAAUGUUUACAGAGACAAGCUUACAAUUGAGGGACUUCCCAAAUUUGAAGAAUUUUCAAAUAGACCCUUUUGUGUUGAUUUUGACGAAAUUGAUAAAAAAUAUCAACAAUGAGUAAUUUAAUUUCGUAUUUCGUUUACAUUCCAUGUUAACUUUUUUUUAAUCAUU